UGAAUCGACAUCUAUUUGCCUCAACAAAAGCUCAUUGAUAAAAUAGUCUAAUUGCAGGGCCCAUCCCUAAUACUCUUUUUUUACACCUGGGCAAACUUGCAAACACUUAAAUCAACUGUCUUUUCUUUAUGUUAUAGUCUACAUUACUAGUUUGACAACAUAUUGAAUAUAACGUAAGCAUUUAAUUUUAAGAAUGACAGUACAUAAUACUCUAAAUGUAAGUUAAACCUUGCAUGGGAAAUGUAAAUUAUGGCAAGAAAACACCCAUCUUUCAUCAGUAACUUCUGACUCAUCUCACCUAUCUAGACUUGGAGCAAGGGCUUAAACUUCAUCUGAAUACUGGCACACUUCACUGUAAAGACAUAGCAUACACUUAUGAUUUGCAGAUAUGAAUACUUUGUCUGAUCUUAUUUAAAAAUGCAGCACACAAGACUUGUUUUUUUACAGGUCUCUGUGGUUGGGUUUAUGUAUGUGUGGUAUGGAGGAGGGGAUGACCUUUUCUUGCUUCUUGACCUUUGAUGUAUGUUUGGCUCAAAGCUGGAUGAAACAAGGCCUCUCUAAGAGUCAGAGAUUGCAAUAGAAAGUUUCAGCAAUUGUGUAAAAACUGUGUCCUAAUUUUCAAAACUCUUACCACACCUGUGGCGUGUCUAAUUCUGUUUAGAUAAACCAAUUUGUUAAAUGGCAAUAUUUAAUUGAGUUCCUUGCUUUACCUAAAAACAUAUUCUAAAAUACAGAUGUGGUGGAAGCGAACCUUGAACACUCACAAGGAACAUGAAAAUUAUUUCUUGUCUGUCACAUAACCCAGAUUCUGUUUCAGCUUCGAACUAAGAUUUAAAGAGAACUUGUUGCUACUUGCCUGAGAGAGUUCAACAGUCAUCUCAGGAAUAGUUACAUUUUCUUGCUGUGAGAGAAGUCAAAGUGUACUCUCUGCAAGAUUAACAUGCACAGAUUGCACAACCUCCCCACACUCCAGUGUUUAAUAUUUGCAAAAAAGCACUUCAACAUGGACUGCAACAGAGGAGAUUCAAUUACUGGUAUAUUAUCAUUAUCACGCAUCAGGCAAUGAAUAGAACUCAAAUCAUCUGAUUUUGUCCCAAAGCACUAAGAAUAAUUUCACAUGUUUUGCAUAAUAACCUCUGAAAAAAAUUUCAUUAUGAACGCACUUGAAAGAACAGUGGGCCAGUGUUCCUCUGAAUGCUCUCGCAGUCUCAGGAACUGGUCAAGCCAGAUCUCUGAAAAGCCCUGAGCCACAUCCUCGCACAUGAAUGAAUUCCCAUUUUAUCUCAUGACUCACAACAUCUUUUUAUGGCUGAGACUUUCUACCCGGUACGACCGGGUGCACAUGACACAAGCCAAUAGCUCCCAAUUUCAUUACACCCACAAGUAUCAGCUGCUGAAUGUUUACACUUGCAGCAACUGACAGUAGGUUGAGGGAGGAGACUUUGAGAAGGGAGGGACGAGAGGACCUACCUGUCAAGAGAGAGGGAGAACUGUGGCAGCAUAGCACUGCUGCUAUCUCCUGAACUGUGUCGGGAGAGUAUGCCUACCAGCUAAGGGAAAUACGCGCUUGUGUACUGGUGGCGGUGUCUACCCAUCGACUGGAGAGAGGGAAGAUCAAAAUGGGUGGCAAUAUAAGUCAGAAGAAGGGCAGCAGCCGAGCCAUUUCAAGGAGUCACAGCAACAAUAUCAUCUCUGACUCAGAGGGUCAUUUUGACACUCCAGAAGCAGCAACUCCUGUCCGCACUCCCCCGACCUUCCCAGGAGAGCUGGAGAACAACAACACCGAUGCUGACAAAACAGACUUGGAUCAGGAGGAGCACCUGAUAGUCACUGCUCCUGUCUGGGAUCAGGAUAUUUUGCUCGGCCGCAACAUGGGUCAGGAUGAGCCUGCAGUCCCCAUGGGUGGCCCACUGGAAAUAAACAUGCAGACGCUGGAGGCAGAACAAACAGAAAAUCUUCCAGAAGCUUCUGGCUCUGUGCCUGUCCCUGAUUCACCCUCAAUGGAGGAAACUCCUGAAGUUGCUAAAUGCACAGCUCCAUCCUCUGAGCCAUUCCAAGCCCCAGCCCCAAUCCUGGUUGCGGAUCCUGUCCCAGAUCUGGCUCUGACUCCAGCUCUUGAUCCAGCCCCAGAACCAGACUCAGUACAAAGCUGUGAACCUGCACUCAACCAAGCUCUGGAGCCCCCUGAGGAAAAACCUCUUUCUGUGUCAGAACCAGAACCAGAGUGCAAUGGCCUCCCCAAUCAGGCAGAACCUACUCGAAAGACUAAAACCAGCAAAUCUAAGCCCCCAUCUCUGAAAAUGAAGGCCUCACUGAACGAGCUUGCUGAAACAAAUGAGGAACAAGAACUUCCUGUUCCUACGGCCACAUACAACUUUGACCCUGACCAGAUAGAUGACGGCUUUAACCCCUUCACCAGCGGCGGAUCAAAAAUCCAAAACUCUCCUCCACCGUGCGGUUCAAGCUCUCCACCUAGACUUGAGCCACUUGGUAGCUCAUUGCCCGUCUGUGAGGCCGGCUCAGCAGCUUCAGUAGAAACGGAGGUGACAGAGUCUUUGUCAGAGGCAAAACCUGUCAUGCUGGAGUUUGGUCUAGAUGAGGGGACGGUCAGCAAGCUACCACCGAGGAAAUUAGGUGGAAAAAAGACAAUCAGCAAACUCGCAGCUAAGAAGCAGAGACCCAAAGGAUCAGAGGUUUCCAGCAAACCUGCACCAGAACCCACAGUGUCGGAGCCAGUUUCUCAACCAGCAUCUGAACAAAUUUCCCAGUCAAUAUCAGAACCUGCAUCAGAUCCCCUUCUAGAAACUUCUUUGCCAGUUUCAGACUCUUCUGCGCCUCUGAACCUUGACGAUGUUCCCAUUCCUAAAACAGGAACAUAUAACUUUGAUCCCAGUCAGUGGGAUGACCCGAACUUCAAUCCAUUUGGUAGCAAUGACAAGAUGAGCAGCUCUCCGGUGCUCCCUAAGGGCUCCUACAGCUUCGACCCAGAUAAUUUUGAUGACUCUGUGGACCCUUUCAAACCCUCCAAAAGCCUGAGCACAGAGGACACAUCCAGUAGCGCAGCUCAGCCUGAGAAAAAAGUGAAAGACGGAGGCAAACAGAAAGCAGGGCACCCGCCUGCUGAGAAGAAAGUGAGGCAGAUUCCCAAGAAAAGCAAAGAGAGGACAAUCAAGAAUUCCUGUAAAGUACAGAAAUAUGAUGAAAGCCAGUCCUUGGUGCUUGACGUGUGUAAUCAGGAGGAGGACGAGGUUGUGGUUCAGACCCCAGAGAUCACUCAGCGGGUUCAUCAUGCCACUGAUGAGGAGAAGCUGGCCUCCACUGGCAUCAUGGCCCAGGAACCAGACAGCCAGGAGGAGAGAGGAGAACCUGAAUGCAAUAAAGCGCCUGUAAAAAAACAGGUGUAUGAUGAUGAUGUAUCUGUUAUGGAUGGUCCUGAGACCAAGAUUGCAGAUCACCAGGAGGAAAAGGACACCUGCAGUAUGAAAGAUGAUAUUAGCGAGAUACCCAUGAACCAAGCAACAAAGGUAACCAGCUGUGACCCCACAGACACAGCAACUCUGAUGCAAGACAGCGUACCUCUGAGUGAGAUGGACAAGGCUGCAGUGCUCACCCUGAUCAGAGAAGAGAUCAUCACUAAAGAGAUUGAGGUCAAUGACUGGAAGAGGAAGUACGAGGAGUGCAGAGCAGAGGUUUUUGAGAUGAGGAAAAUUGUUGCAGAAUAUGAGAAGACGGUGGCACAAAUGAUUGAGGAUGAGCAGCAGCAGAAGACCCUGUCCUGUAGUAAGUCAGUCAGGCAGUUGACCCUAGAGAGGGACCAGGCCCUGGCUGACCUUAACUCAGUGGAGCGCUCCUUCGCUGACCUCUUCAGGAGGUAUGAGAACAUGAAAGGAGUUCUGGAGGGCUUCAAGAAGAAUGAGGAGGUGCUGAAGAAGUGUGCGCAGGACUACCUGAUGCGGAUCAAGCAGGAGGAGCAACGGUACCAGACCCUCAAGGUGCAUGCUGAGGAGAAAUUGGACAAGGCUAAUGAAGAGAUAGCCCAGGUACGUGCUAAGGCCAACGCUGAGAGUGUUGCAUUGAACGCCAGCCUAAGGAAGGAGCAGAUGAAGGUGGAGUCACUUGAAAGAGCUGUCCUUCAAAAGAAUCAGGAGAUCGAGGAGCUCACCAAGAUCUGCGAUGAACUGAUCGCCAAACUGGGAACAGAAUAGGAGGCCUUUAAUUGAACUCCCACUGCAACACCUAAUGUAAAUUCUGUACAUGAACACAUGCAGCACAUCUCAACUUUCUGUCUCAUAUGUUUUUAAAGAUAUACAUGUUAUUGAAAUACAGAUUGGAUGCACUUGCUAAUAAUUUUUUUCAGACUGAAAUAUGAAACCAGAAUAAUGUCCUUGUGUAAAUCAAGAAGCACAAAGCUAUCACUGGAGUGUGUUUUAAUUAUUUUGAAGGAAAAGCAUUGUGAUGAUAUUGAAGCCAUGAUUUAUUGAUCUUUCGUUAAGGAUUUAAAGGAUUAGUUCAUUAAAAUAAUUAAUUCAUUUUCAUCUGUUGGUUCUGGUUUAAAACAAUUAACCAGCUUUUUGUACUACAGAGAACUUACAUCACCAUUUUAUACAAUAUGUUUCACUCAAAGCUGUAAGAAAUAAUGUGGAAACUAAGGGAAAGAAAAUGUCAACAGACAGAUAGACACAGUUUUCAGUAAGGACAGAUCACUUCAUUGAGUGCCUAAACUGACCAUAGCAUAUUAACUUUAUGGCAUUUAUUUUUAUAGUUCUGCUGGUUAUCUUCUUUCAUCAGCAAAUGAACUAUAAGUAAUAUUACAGAGCAUUUCUUAAGUUGCCUUUUACUUUGUCUUUCUUGUUUCACAGGGUGACAUAUACAGUGUGUGAUCGAGUCUUCAGUUAUGUAGUUUUUGAAGUUAAGCCACAGAGUUUCUUGUACAUUAUGCCUCCAUGAGUCUCUGGGAUUGUUAAACAUAAAGAGCACUUAAGAGAAUAAUACCUUACACUCAGUUUUAAUAUAUCUUCAUUUUGAUGGGAGUUUGACAAUAAUGGGUGGAGAUGAAAGUUCAAAGUAGUAAAAACUUUGCCCUUAUUAUACUGUAAUAUUAAACCAUGUGCCAUGUUUCAUUUUCUCUCGCUCUGCAUUUGAGUGUGGAAGUUAAAAAGCACAGUCUGUUGCUGCCAUGUAGAUAUUUUUGGAUGCUAUUCAUAUUUUAUGUGUGAGCCCACAUGUUGCUGGUGUGCCUUUUUUUGUCUAUAAAAAAAGGUUUUGAUUUUUUAUUUCCUACAUACAGUUGUUUCCACACUCUGUUGCCAAAGUGUACUGUGUACAGUAUGUUUCUUGUACGAUCACAAUAUCUUGAACAACAGUGUGUUAUCAUGGGUUUGCAGUUUUAAUGCUUUACCUGCAGAUAUAGAUCAAUGAUGGACUAUAUUACUGUUUUUGAUAAAGGCCUGUGUUUUGGGAGAGAACAUUUUCUGGUCUGACUGAACUUGAAGGAGCACAGUCAGAUGUGUAUCAGAUAUGAUGAACAGCUUUUUUUUCUUCUUUGACAUCAGCACAAUCAAUUGCCAAAUGUCAGUGUAAAAUGAAGUGGGUUUCAGUAUGACUCUGGCCUGUUGUUGUGGUGUUACAGCUAGUCUGAAGGUGCUUUUCAAUGCAAAUCCAUCGUUACAGUACAAUAUGUGUAAAUUUUAUACUUUAUGAAAAGAGUAUUCAGAAAUUUUGUUCCUAAUGUUUGUAAGAAUUUAAGAAUUAAGUAUACUCAGAUUGUAUGUUAACUGCUAUAUUUUGUGCAUUCCUGAAUAAAUGGUUAAGAUUUAA